AUAGGAGCUGCCCUAAAAUGCUCAAAUCCACAAUCGUAGACACCCGGGUGCGCCUUGUGCCGUCGAAGACGCUUUUGGAGUUCCUGGAUAGCCAAAAGGAGCACUUCAAAAAGGUUCCGGAAAAUGUCGCCAAACUGAUGAAAAACGAAGGCUAUACUUUACCUUUGAGUACACAAAUCGUUAAGGAACAAGAGCUGAACAUUAAACGCCCCAAUAUUGACCGAGUGCUGCUCCGUAGACUCACGGCCGAUGUGUCUGAGGAACCAGAACCAGCACCAGCCAAACCCAUCGGAAAGAAGAAUAAGAAGGCAGCCAAAGAUGAGAAGGCAACCGAGGAGGUAAUGGAAGAUGAAGAACACCCGACGGAAUACAAUAAUGUAUUGUACCUGACUGACAUGCACUGGCUGAAUGAUACUCUGAUUCAAUUGCGCAAAGAUGGCAUUUGCAAUAUCUUUCUGUAUGAAUUGAUCGAAUCAUCCGAUCUCGUAUUGCCAGAAAAUGAAAUGAAGCCACGCAACCCGGACCUGGAGGCCCGCUGCGAACGCCUUCGUGCGGAGCAGCACAACCGCGAGUACCACAAGAUGACAAAGAAUGUGGAUGCAGGACUGAAGCAUUAUCCAGAGGACACCAUAGCCUAUCAAAUUAAAAGUCUGAACAAGCAAAUUAUUGCGGUGUUGCAGUUCGUCUUCUCUGUGGCAGCUGGUUUCACCUUUGGUUUCUUUGGUGUCAAUUUGAUGGUCGGUCCCCUGCCCUUUGGCUUUCGCAUCCUGCUGGGCGUCAUUGUGGCCCUCAUUAUAGCCCUAGCCGAGAUGUACUUCCUGGCCAAAAAGCUGCACGAAUACGACGAGGUCUUGGACGCGCCCAAGCGCAUGCAGCAGACCGCGCCAAAGGCUCGCGGAGAGCGAGUCCCGUCCGCGGCGACAAGUGGAGUUCAGGCUCUAAAGCCUCAUGCUGACUAAACAAAUAUGUAUUACUUUUUCUUUAAUAUAUACAUAAAUAUUUGUAUUAA